AUGCCCAGACGCCGGAAGAGAAAGGCUCCUGCUCCCAGUACAGGGCAAAAUGUAAAGAAACAGGCCCGUCGGGAAGAAGAGAAUCCUAAUGCAGAAGAAAUAAAGCCAGAACCAGAAGUAGAAGGUAGCCGUAUGCGCCUCCGAAAUGCUAGCCAGAGAGAAACCCGAUCUCGAGCACGUAUACGAGAGGAGUUGGAAAGAGCUGAGGUGGAUGAUCAUGAACCUGAGAAACCUGUUGAAUCUGAACAAAUAACAGGGCAUGAACAGGACGAGGCUCCUAAUGAAGAAGUGACAGAUGAACAGAUGGAAGCCAGAUCUACAGAACAAGGAACGCUGAGCCUCGGUGAUCCAGCUGGGUUUGCUGAAGAUGAUGAUGGUCAAGCCAGAUGUGAGGAGGUGGCAAGACAUAUGCAGUCUGAAGCUGAAGCAGUAGAGGAUGAAGAACUGACCAGUGUUAUGACACAGGAAAAUGAAGCCCGUGCUCGAGAAGAGAGAGAGAUGUUAUUGACCCCAACUCCUCCAAUGUCAACUCCACCCAUGUCAGUCCCACCAAUGUCUACACCACCAAUGAUGCUGCCUACUGCAGCUGAAGAUACUAAAGAUGAUGAUGACGAUGAUGAUGAUGAUGACGACGAUGAUAAUGAUAAUGAUGAAGAAGAAGAAGAAGCUGAACUAAGGAGGCAACGAGAAGAAGAAGAGCUUUGUCGGCAAUUAGAACGAGAAGGAGAAGAAGGUACUGCUGUGAUCCGUGUCCAAACAAUGGAGAGUUCACACAGGUGCCAGACAUGUGGUCAGGAAUUUGCAGGAUUUCUUGAUUUGGAAAAACACAAACUAACCCACAAAGAGACUAAAGUGUUUACUUGUAAAGCAUGUGGCAAGACUUUUACACGCAAAAAUCACCUGAAACAGCACAAAAGGACUCAUCGUAAGACCAACAAAGGUGGCAAAGUUGCUUUUCACUGUCAAAUAUGCAAUGUCGGAUUUUCACAAAGGAUAAACAUGAUACGUCACAUGCAGGUUCAUGAGCAGCCAGCACCCCAACCACAAUAUGAUGUCCCCACAAUGUAUGAUGAAGGUGAGAGACCAUUUAAGUGUACUUUCUGUGGACGCACUUUCUCUCGCAAUGGAGAUUUGACUCGACAUAUGAGAUCCCAUGAGGACCCACCACAACUUCAAAACUACAACUCAACACUCAUGUACCAUGACGAGAAGCCGUUCAAGUGUAACAUUUGUCAGCGUGUGUUCUCACGGAAUGGAGAUCUCACCCGACAUUUCCGUAUCCACGAAGAGCCAUUCAUGCAAUCAAACCAUGGCUCAAUGCCAAUGUACCAGCAUAAUGUGGAACAGUUCCAAUGCCACAUCUGUCAAUCAAAGUUCUCUACAAACGGCAACCUGACAAGGCACAUGAAAAUUCAUGAGCGGUAUGAGUCGCAGAACCAGCAUGCCCAGAACAACCAACAGAAUGAAAAUAGUCACUUCAGAUGCAAUGUAUGUGGAUGUGAAUUUCUCAGAAAUGGAGACCUGACCAGGCAUUUUAAAACACAUGAGGAGAUUGUCAUGCCUAACAUGACGGAACAAACAAAUUAUUCAGAUGAGAACCCAUUCAAAUGUAAUCUCUGUGGGUUAGUAUUUUCUAGGAAUAUGGAUCUCACUCGACACAUGAAAUCCCACAUGGAAACCUGCAUUCAAAACUGUGAUGGUGGCCCAAUGAACUGUCCCGAAGAGGAAAUGGGUAAUCGGUGUCAUAUUUGUGGCUGUAUUUUUGGAUCCAUUAAUGAACUUAACGAGCACAUGAAGGUUCACAUUGAAUUCCUACAUCAGCAGCAAUCUAGCUCUCGAUCUUACCUUGAAGAUGAACCAAUUAUUUGUCAUGUUUGCAAACGUCUUUUUUCACGGCCAGGUGAUUUAACCAGGCACAUGAGGACCCAUGAAGAGCCAAUGGGUCAUGGCCAUGACAAUAUGUCAAUGUGCCAUGAGGAUAAGCCCUUCAAGUGCAAUGUGUGUGCCCGCACAUUUGCGCGCAAUGGGGAUCUCACUCGGCAUUUCCGCACUCACGAGGAUACUUAUAUGCAGAACAUGAACUCUCCAAUGUGCCGCAAUGAUGAUUCUUUCCAGUGCAACAUUUGCAAACUGAGCUUUUCUACGAAUGGGAACCUGACACGCCACAUGAAAAUCCAUGAAGAAUACUUCCGCCAAAACCAGAACCAAAACCAUAAUCAGAACCACAAUCAGAACCAGAUGUACAAUGGGCCAAAUUCUCACCACAGCAAGGAAUCCUUCCGCUGCUAUAUCUGUCACUCAAAUUUUUCAACCAAUGGAAACCUGACUCGCCAUAUGAAGAUUCAUGGAGAAGUUUACAACCGAAAGAAGAAUGUGCCCAUGUACCAAAACGAUAAUUCAUAUCACCACUCACCACCACCCCCACCCCCGCCUCCAAACCAUUAUCAAAACGAUUACCAAGACAGGGAGAAUAUGAAUUUUGACUGUGAGGAUUGCAUGAAAGCCUACCUUGAAAGGACCAAUGCAUCGAUGUCAAACCACCCAUGUGAUGUGUGCGGCAAAGCCUUUACCAAUGGCGGACAUUAUGACCGACACCAGCAUUCGCAUUGCCAGGAUAAGCCGUUUUGUUGUGACAUUUGUGGUAAAAGCUUUGUUCAGAAGUAUCACAUGACCGUCCACAAGAGAACGCAUACAGGAGAAAGGCCAUACAAGUGUGAUCAAUGUGGCUUUGCCUUCUCUCGUAAGGACCACCUGAUUCGGCAUCAGAGAGAGAAUAAUAGUAGGUCAAGCAUGUACAUGUCGCAGGAGGGAGAUACACGAUAUUCCUGUGUUGCCGGCAAUAACUCCUCUCGAUGA